AUUGAAUUGAGCCGGCUUUGUAAUCAAAUUGAAAUGAGUUUAUUAUUUUGUUCAGAAAAUUGUUGUUUAAUUUCGCACGAAGAAUUUAUUAAUCGAAUUUAUAAUGAGAGCAUUUCAAAUGAUGGCGGCACAGAGACAAAAUAUAAGAUCAAUCCCGAUUUAUUUGAUCUAAAUGUUCCAUAUCGAUACAAAGCCGAAGAUUCUCAAACAAAGAAAAGACAACGAAAAAUUAUUGACAAAACAAAACAACAAAUAGAAGAACAACAUCGACAUGAAUAUGAGCUGAUUGAAAGAAUAAAACUAAGAACAAACGAAUUCUUGAAUGAAUGCCGCAAAAGAAAACUAUUAAAUUCAACCAGCGAUGAUGGGACGAAAUUGACAAACGAACAAAUGAAAUUAUGCUUGGAUCAAUGGCAGACGGUCGAAUGUUCGUACACGAAACAAUUCAAUGGAAAAAAUAAUUUCGAUAGACCUGUGAUUUGUGAAUUUAAUGGAGAAAAGCAUAUUAUUCCAGCCAAUUGCAGUUUUUCAAACGCUGACAUUCAACACAUUGAAUUGAAAAGCAAUGACUAUGAUUUAAUUGUAAUGGAUCCACCAUGGUGGAACAAAUACAUACGACGAUCCAGAAAAUUUAACACCGAAAAUGGUUAUCAAAUGUUAAACAAUGAAUCGAUUGCCGACAUUCCAAUCGAAAUGGCAAUCCAGCCAAAUCGAACUUUGGUGGCCGUUUGGUGUACAAAUGCACCGUCGAACAUUCAAGCUGUCCAGCAGACUUUUCUACCCAAAUGGAAAUUGAAACUAUUGGCCACAUGGUUUUGGAUAAAGGUCACAAAAUAUGGUGAAACUAUAUGUGAAUUUGAUUUGCCAUUGAAAAAGCAGCCAUUUGAACGGAUUUUCAUUGCCUGUCACGAAGAUUCUUCUUAUAAUUUCAACAGCAUUCCAGACGAAAAGUUGAUAUACAGUGUUCCAAGUGCAAUACAUUCGAACAAACCACCACUUCAAGAUCUUUUUAUACCGUAUAUGCGUGGAUCGGACUGUGAUAUUUCGAGUUUAGAGAUAUUUGCUAGAUAUUUAUUGCCAAAUUGUACAUCAAUCGGCUUGGAAGUUUUAAAACUACAACAUUUACAAUUAUUCAAUGCAGAAAAUGCGAAAGACGUACACGAAUUACAUGCCGUUAAGGAAUGAAAAGAGUCGUUUAGUGGUUGUGACCAUUUGUUAAAACGGUUUUAUAGCCAACGGGGUUCAUAGUUUGCCAUCGCCAAAAGUCAGAGCACAUCUCUUGAAUUGAACGGGUCGCCUUCCAUCCCAGCUCACGUUCGGCCAAUGAACUGUGAAAAUUAAGUGAAAUCAUAAGCAUCAGAGUUGAAAUUGUGCUGCAAUAUUGCCACUUACGGAUCCGCAUACAUCGUGGAGAUGUCACCGUGUCGACGAGCCUCAAAUGUAAAUGGAACUUUAACAUUAUUCGUUUGCUCAAACGUUUUGAUCAGUUCCAAAACCGAUACACCACGACCAGUACCCAAAUUGUAGGCCUACAUUAGAGAGCAAAAAAGUGGCAGUUUUUUAGAUCGAUUUUUAUCAAAGAACAAGAAAAAAAUAUAUGUAUAAAAAUGUAUACCUUAAUUUGAAUAUGUGACUUUUCGAGUUUGUGGAGGGCGGCAACAUGACUAAAAAUUUAAAAUGAUUGUUAAAAACAAUGUUGGCAUUUCAAUAAACAAAAAUCGCGAGAAAAAAAAACACGAAAUAAAAGG